AUGUCCCUCUUUGCAUGGCUGGCGGAGAGGGGCAGCAAACAGCUCUACCGCGGGGCGUUUGCGGGGUCCCCGUCAGGGUUCGCCCACUGCGCGACGCUGGAGCAGAGGAGCAGGAUAGACAUAACUCUGACGCCGUUCUCCAUCACGAACAGGGGUGUCAGCUUCAAGGUCGUCGUCUUCUCGGGCGUGUCCGAGGAUAGGCUGUACAUGGACCUGGGCUGUCGGACGGGCGGCGUCUGCCGGCGCUGCGGGACGGAGCACGCCGUGCAUGUCGGCCUGCAGCACACCGCCGACGGCUGGGUGCGCAAGUCGCCCACGGAGUGCUGGCUGGUCAACAAGCCGGCGGCCGCGUCGCGGGAGUGGGAGAUGUGCGUCCGGAAGCGGGUCAGCUGGGAACGGAGCAAGGAGAUCAGCAAGUUCCCCCCGCGCUCGUUCAGGGUCAGCUUCGACGUGGAGGUCGGCCAGGUCGCGGCCUCGCCCCGGCAUUACUGGAACCCCGUUAGUCGCUCCUUCGCGGGCGAGGCUUUCGUAGAGGACUUUGUGGCGACCUUUGUCGUCCCCGUCCCCCAGCCGGUGUACCACCGCCUCAUGCUCUGGCUCCCGCAUCCAGACUGGGAGAUCGUCGAGGGCCUUCUCCCAGAGGGCGAACGUUAUGCCGACAGGCGCCAAGACAUACUUGAAAAGUACAGACACGAAACGUCCGAGGCGAGUGUGAGCAUCGGUUCUCAGUGGCGGGUGCGAGUGAUAAACAGGCACGGGGGCCAGCAGCUGGCUUACCAGGCCUUUAAGGGACCAAGCAUGCUGGUCACGGUCAAGCGGGUCUAUUGA